UCCCCUCUUGCCCCCAUCAGGGGUUGAUUUUCUCAAGCACAGUACCCUUCCUGCUUUGGGGGACCAUGCUGCGGGUCCUCGCCUGGGGCUAGACUGCUACAGGACACUGAGUCCCCGAGGCACGGCCUGGGAGACAUGUCAGGAACAUCUCUGCUCUUGACUGAGGGCCUCCGUUUCCCCCUGCAGUGUUAGAAUGCCGGUGACUCUGUUAGAAGCAUGUAUGCAAGCCGUCCUUCCAUGUCCUCACCAUCUAGAAGCGGAGCCUGAGUCUUCUGAAUUUCUCCAGAAUGUGGUUUACAAUCACCUUCGACAACGUUCCGAGGAGAGAAUUCAGCAGUGCAGCCUCCUCUCCGAGCUCUAUGAGUUGAUCGGCUUCCACUGCAAGUCCGCCUUCUUCAAGCGGGUUGUCCCCGUGAAGCUCGGCGCCCGGCAUCCCGGAGCCUGGCGGGAAGGCCUGCUACCGACUCCUGCUGCAGACGCUUCCUGGCUACAGUCUGUCACUGGACCUGCAGGACUUCAGCAAAGAUUUCUGUAAGACAAACUACUAGGAUAUUAAUGAUUUUGUGUGGGGUAAGUUUGGUCAGUUCUAAGGAUUUCAAUUAAUACGUAUUAAUACUUGCUAUUCAGCUAAUGACAGUAAAAUUAUAAACUAACUUAAGUAUACGUCAGUAAGUAUAGUACAAUAAGCCCAACACCCAGAUUAAGGAAUUCACAAACUUUUCCAUAUUUCCUUUAUUCAGACCUUUGUUCUUUUAUUUGUCCUUUGUUAAACUAUUUGACAGCAAAUCCAAGAAGACAUGUCGUUUUACCCUAUGUACUCAAGUAGGCAUGUCUGAAAAAUGAGGGCCUUUUCUUUGUUCAGGUUUUUCCAUUUGACCGAUGUGCUCGUUAAGUACCAGCUGUAUCAGGCAUCUCACUAGGCAUUAGGGAUCCUUGGGGCAAUGAGACAGUCCUGGCUCCCAAGGAAGUUAAGGGCUGAUGGAAGAAACCAACACAGGAGCUUGGGUCCCUCACUUAAGGUCCCUGCUGGAUGACAGCAAUUGAACAAAAUUUGUGCACAAUACAGUAGGAUUCACAGAAGGGACUGGUCAGACUUCUAGGGCAGACCGUGAGAGAGGCGGUCAGCAGGGCUACAAGAGGAGGAAUCAUUUGAUCAGAAUCUGAAAUCCUUUCUGCCAACCUUUCUACCAAGCCCCCAGGGCCCAUCACACACGACCCUGUGCUGUAAUUGUUUUUGAUUCCAGUUACCACA